AAGAGAAUCGAGUACCCCUAAGUCAUCGACAUAUACAUAAAAUGAACAGAGUUGAGUGUCCCUUAUGAAUUCGAAUGUAAAUCUGAAUUUUGUUCUAGGAAUAUAAAUAUAAUGUUUUAUAAUACUGACUGAUCAUUUUUAUGGACGACGCACCUGAAGUCCAGUUUUGUAUGGCCUGAUAUCGGGCUUAGCUGGUCAAAGACAAGUCCUUCCUAGGAUGGCCACACAUGUAGGGGAUACGUGAUUUGAUAGAUCUCACGGAUUUGAAAUGGGUCGAUAUAGCUGCCGUGUAGCGACAUCGGACGAUAUAUCAAAGGUGUAUGAUCUGCUCAAUGAGUACGUCAUCGAACAGGAGUUAGAAGACGAAUUCACGAAUUCCAAGCGAGCAUUCAGCGACCAUUAUAAGCGUGGACUCUUUACACCAAUCAUCGCCGAGGUCACAGAUGACGGAGAAAAUAAGAAUGAUGUCAUUGGAUGUGCCUUUAUUUCGUUUCCAUUCAAUUACGUCAUCGGAAUCACUGGUUUUAUCCAUUGCUGUUACUUGAAGCCGCCUUAUAGGGAUCAUGGACUUCAGCAAAUGUUACUAAAGCUGGCAACAAAGGUUUCUAUAGAAAAGGGAUCUCACGGCUUGCUGGCGGCUGUGUGUGGGAAAGACUAUAUGUUUAAUUCCGCUUUCGAGUCCGAAGGCGCGACUAACUUAAACACCAGCAUGGCCAAAGGUGCAGGGAGUGAUUUCUGGAUAAUGCCAAAUCCCUCAGCAACGCCAGAGUUUUUGAGUGACAAUUAUGUGAUCCGAGAGGGCGCUGUCCAAGAUUCGGAAGGUGUUUACGAUUUAUGUCAAGAGUUGGUGAAACUAGAGAAAAUAGAGGAUAUUCGGCCUCCAUCAUUUACCAAAGAAGAAUUCAUACGUAAAGGGGGAAGAGAUAGUCCCUUGUAUGGAACAGUCGUCUUGGAACAUCAACGUCGGAUUGGUGAUGAUGAGAGCGACGUCAUUCACGAUAUCGUCGGUUGUAUACUGUAUAGUAAGAUGUAUCAUGCGUUGAAAGGAGACACAUAUUGGUUACAAGGGUUGUAUAUCUCUCCAGCACACAAAGGAAAAGGCCUUGGAAAACCGCUGGUCCGUGCAUCACUUGAGGUUUGCAAGGAUCGCCAUGGAGACGGAUUCAUAUUUAUUAUUCUCAGAAAUAACCAUGUAUCACAAUCACUCUUUAAAUCACUCCAAGGUGUAAAUAUGACAAAAUCUAAACACAACAUGCAAUCACACCUACUUCUUUACAUGUAAAUCUGUACAAAUACAGAAGGAUAUUGUCGGUAAACGAGUGAAUAAAUCAAUUUUGUAUCUGGGGUCGGUCGUACUACGAGUUAAAAUUGACCGGAACCACUAACCAAUGGGAAGCGUCCAAAGUCUUGAUACAAGUCUAUGGAAAGCGUCCGUCAUAAUACAAAUCUAUGGAAAGAAUUGAACGUCAUAAUACCAAUGUAUGGAAACCGUCAACGUCAUAAUAUAAAUCUAGGUGAUAAAAAAAAGGUUGCAAAAGGUUUUAAGGGGGUACAGGUAGUUGGUCUAAUGGUCUGAAAGUAUCUCGUAUGGAUUAAAUCAAUUUGGUCUAAUUGGUCUAGUAAUCAUUUGGUCUAGACUGAGAUCCAUUUGGUCCUACCAACAUUAAUCUAAUAUCCAUCUGGUCUACUUUCCAAUUCAAGUACUUUAUGUUUUUACUUUGUCAAAUGAAAAUUUAGUUCAUAAAUAACUCACAUAAUAUGGACUAGAUGGUUUUUGAUCAAGUGGAUAUAAGACAAAUGGGUAAGGCAUAAUUGGAAAUCAGAUAAAUUGUUAAAUGUACUAAAUAGCAAUCAUACCAAAUUAUUGUAGAUUUACUGGUUGUUGAUGAAAUAAUAUUAGACCAUGUAAGAUGAGACCAAAUGGAAAGUAGUCAAAAUCAUCGGCGGCGGAAAAUUUUGGGAUGGACACAGGUUAAAAAUUUGACAAGCAAGCCAAAAAAAAAAGGUUAUCAAGCAAAAUAUUAGGGGAGGGGAACACCAAAACUUUUUGACAGGCAAAAAAAAGGUUAUAUCAACAACAAAUUUAGGGGGGCCGUCCCCCAACCUCAAAUUUAGGGGGGGGGGACAGGUCGUCCCCCGCUUCCGCCGCCUAUGGUCAAAGUGGGUGUGGACUGAGUGGCAAUUAAUUCCAUUGAAUUUACAAAUGGCUAGUAGAUGAACUAGGAUUAGACCAUGUGGGUUGAGAACAAACACGAAGUAGGCGAAGUAGUACGAGACCAAUCGGAAAUUCACCAAGAGAGUUUAAAAAUGCUCAAGUAUAUAAACAUAUACAUAUUCAUGUUAUAUCCAUAAAUUUGUACAAGUAAUUGAAGGUAUUGUACUGAAAUUACAGGCAUCAAAUUUAAUAAUGCCAUUCUGUUGAUCUUGAUCCAUUCUAUAUCUCUGUUUCCCUUCAAUAUAUUUUGUCUGAUUAGUUUAUUUACUCCACGCUGUUUUGAUGAUCAAGCUUACUAUUUGUCUUUCAGAGGGUUUUACCAUCUCAUAAUUCAGCUCCUCAAUAAUCCCUCCUUCGUUAAUAUGUUGCAUGUACUUCGCAAUCGGUAAUUUGUUGAAUUGUCAAUAUUGUUAUAUAUAUGGUUUUUUUAUUGUCCAACUUAAUGGAAAUUCAUUUUGUUUACAUGCAAACAUACAAAUUACAACACAUAAGGAAAUAUACAUAAUCAAGGAGAGACAAAUACAAAAUAUUGGCGUGCACAUAAUACAUAUUACAUAUUCAUUCUUAUCCAUAAGUCGAUUAAAAAGUGUAAUGAGCUCAUUAUUCCUUUGUAUUUAUGUAUCAAUUAUGUUCCUGUAUUUUUUUCAAUGUAAAUGUAUUGCUUAUAAGGUUCAUUCUAUUUUCUUUUCUAUUUUUGAAUAUAUUAUACAGUAUUGUGUUGAUCAUUGCAAAUAAAGAAUACAAAAAACCCCAAAAUGAAAUU